AUGACUGACUAUCAGAAAGUAAAAAAAGAUUAAAAUGUUAAGCUUAGUAGUUUAAUUAUAAGUGCAUUUACUUAAGAUAUGAAUGAUCUUUAGUAAAAAGAAAUAUAAAGAAAAAUAAACUCUUUGACUGAUGGUUUUAAAAAAAUUGCUAUAAGGCAAGCUCUUAAAAGGAAUAAAUAUUUAUCUAACUAAUCUGAUGAGGAAUAAAGCAAAUUAAGAUAAGGAGAAAGCUAUAAGUUUAUUGAUGCUCACAGAAUCAUUUUAGAGGAGCUGCUUGAAAGAUAUUAAACUGAUAUAUACAAAGGAUUAACGGAUAAAGACGCAAAACUAAGAUCUCUCAAACAGAAAAAUAAAAUAAAAAUAAUUACCUAAAAUAGCAUGUUGAAAAGAUUUUUAAAAGAAUUACUUACUUUAUUUCAUUUACUUAUACUGCUCGCUUCUAUAUUAUGCUUUAUAUUAUAUUCAUAACAGAAGCAAUUCUAAAUGUUAGUAACUGCAAUCCUCUUGUUGUGUUUUGUGAUUAUUUCUUCCAUUAUUGGUUCUUAUAGAUAAAGAAAAGGACAAAAUAUUUUAGAAAAUAUUGAGAAAAGUAUACCUAAGAAUUGCAUUGUAACAAGAGAUGGUGAAGAUAGAUAAAUCCUUUCUAUAAAUUUGGUGCCAGGAGAUAUAAUUAAAUUAAGUGAAGGCAUGACAAGUCCAGCAGAUGUGAGAAUUAUUGCUUCUACAGAUCUGUAUGUGAACAAAGAGAUAUAUACAGGAUCUUCAAUUGAGGAGUAUAUGCAUCCUGAGUGUUCAAAUAAAGAAAAUCCCUUAAACACAAAUAAUAUUAUAUUUUUAGGAUCUAAAAUAGUAAGAGGAAAAGCUAAGUGUUUAGUUAUUUCAACAGGAGUAGACACUUUGAUUUAAGAUUUGGGAUAUAAAUGUAGUCAAGAAGAUUACUUCCCAGACAGCUAGCUAAAAAAAGACUUUGAUCAAUUCUUAAAUAUUGUUAGUAUUGUACUUAUUUCAAUAACAAUAUUUACAUUGCUAAUUAAUUUGGGAAAAUCAGAAAUAUUUGGAAUGUAGUACCACCUUUAAUACAUGAUAGGAAUGAUUGUUUCUGGUUUGCCACUAGGAAUGAUUAUAUUGAAAACUUCUUAUCUACUUAUUGUUUAAAAGUAAUUAAAUGAAGAAAAUAUUGAUGUAAAUUAUAUUGAGGCUAUAGCUAUUCUUGGAUAAACAACAUGUAUCUGCACAGAUAUGACAGGCACUCUUACUUUAAAUAAGCCAAUAGUGUCUAACAUUUGGUAUGAUGACAAAGCACGUCUUGCAAAAAAUAAAUAACUUGCUUUGCCCACUGAAAAACUCCAGUAUAAUAUAUAAACAGAUAAAACAUUAAUUGAAUUAAUGUAUUGUGCAACUUUAUGUAACGAUUCUAAUUUUGAUGAUAGACUGCCUUAACAAAUUAUUAAAGAAGUUGUAAAUAACAAAAAAAUGUCUUUUGAGUAAAAAAAAGAAAAACUUCAAAAAGAAUAAGAAUAGUACACUAAAGAUCUUAAAAAAAAAUAGUGGAUUGACUGGCCUUGCUCAGGGAUUCAUCACAAUGAAAAUGCUUUAAUUAAAUUUUUCUAACCACUAAAAGAUAUCAGAAUUAUUAGAGAUGAGCAGCCAAUAGUUAGAGACUUUAUAAAAAACAAAGCUAAAAUACCUUUUUCGAUAUCAUCAAAGUUCUCAAGUGUAAUUUGUAGAAAUAACAAAGAAAAUUCUCAUUACACUCUAUAUACAAAAGGUGCACCAAGUGUAGUAUGGAACAUGUGUGAUAAAGUAAUGUAUAAAGGGGAAGUAUAAUCAAAAAAUAGUAGUUGGGAAAUCAAAUUUGAGAAAAUCCUUCAAUUAUAUGGAGAAAAAGGAGAAAGAGUGUUGGCUUUUGCAAAAUUAGAUUUACCUUAAGAAGAAUUUGAUUACAACUUCUAAUUUAAUAUGACAAAUCCAAAUUUUCCCUUAAAUAAUCAAGUUUUUAUUGGAUUAAUUUCUUAACUUGAUCCUCCUGAUUAUGGAAGUGCAAACAUGGUUAGAAUAUGCAAACAAGCAGGAAUAAAAGUUAUUAUGUUAACAGGCGAAGAGAGUCUCACUGCUACUUAAAUUGCAAAAAGCUGCAACGUAAUUACGAUGUAGACUUAAAUAGAAUUGAACAAAGAGCUAAAUGUGGGUGAAAAAGUAGCUUUCUAAGAGGCUUAGGCUUUAGUAAUAGAUGGAGAAGAAGUAGCUAAAAUUCUCACUCGAGAAGAAGGUUUACCUAAAAAGUAAAAGGGAUUAAUAUUGAAAGAAUAUUUAAGAAAACCAGAAGUUAUAUUUUCUAAGGUGCAACCAGCCCACAAGGAAUAAAUAGUCAAGACACUUUAAAAAACAGGAUAUUUAGUAACAGCAACUGGUUUGACUAUCAGAGACACACCAGCUUUGAGAUAGGCAGAAGUAGGAGUUAGUUUUGCAAUUUAAGGGGAUUAAGUAGCAAAAGAUACAUCUGAUAUAAAACUUCAGAAUGAUUAAUUUAUAACAUUAGUAAAAGGUAUUGAAAAAGGUAGGUUGGCAUUUGAUAAUCUAAAAAAAUCUGUAACAUUUUGUCUAUCUUCUACAGUUUCGCAAAUAGCAGCCUUUAUAUUUUUCUAUUUAUCUGAAAUGCCUUUCGGUCUAACACCUAUUUAAGUUUUUAUUUUAGAUAUUGGCUUGAUUCACUUACCAGCAUUAUUAUAUGUUUAUUUAUAACCUGAAAUACCUGUUAUGGAAAGAAAACCAGAGUUAUCAAACUAAGUCAAUAAGAAAAUGAUUUUUUCAAGUUACUUAUACUUUGGUUGGUUUUCUUUAUUUGCAGGUUUUUUAGCAUACUUCUCCGUUUUAAGUGAUUUUGGUCUUUCAUAUAGCGAUGUUAAAGGAUUAUCUGCUUUAAAAGUUUACGUUCCUUUUGUAGGAGAUGAAUAUGAUCCUCAAAGUCCAUGGUUAGGCAACUCUUUGUUAAGACAUAUUUACCCUUGUGACUCUUCAAAGAAUUAUGAAACAAACUAAACUUUUUUGGACUGGCAAUAUGAUUCUCAUAUUUUCUUUGACCUCCGUUUGGCUUUUGCUGAAUGCUAAAAAGAUGGUUCGUGGAAGUCAACAUUUAUAAAAGAAGAAUCAUAACAGAAUAGUUACAACUUAUGUCAAAAUCUUGGACUUAACAUAUUUAAUAGUAGACCAAAUUGCUAUACAACAGAGACAUUUAAAUAUGCACAGACUGCUUAUCUUUACGCUUCUUCAUUAGUAAUGAUCAUACAAUACUAUAUAAGUAAGUCUAAGAUUCAAAGUGUUUUGUAUGAUAGAAUAGAGAACUUAGCAAUACCUUCUGGAAUAUUUUUAUAGAUACUAACUUUACUCAUAUUUACUUUGAUUGAAUCUAUUAAUGAUACAUUCUCAACAAGAAAAUUGGAUCUAAAAUAUUAUGGUUGGUUUGGUGUUCCAUUUGCAAUAUUACUCGUAAUAUUAGAAGAGCUAAAAAAGAAAUUAAUAAGAGAUUAGCUAUCGAAUUCUAAAUAACAGAAAUAAAAAAAUGUUGAUUAAGAAGCAGAUCCUGAGAAGAAAUCUUUAAAAGAGGAAGAAAAGAAGGAUAAAAAAGAAAAUGAAGGAUUUGAAGAUGAAAAAGAUAAUUUAAUUUAUAAAAACAUGCACUUUAAUUAAGAAAUGUAGAACAAAUUUAAAUUCUUUAUUAAAAAGAACGAAAAUACAUGGAUUAAAAGAAACAUUUUAAUAUGA